AUGGAGCAGCCUAACGGUGGCGGUGUUAAUGGUGGUGUUGGUGAGCCAACCGAUGACCGCAGUGCGUCACCAGCAAGAGCAACCCAGAACAACAAUGCAACCGGGAUGGGUCCAUUGUCGUCGGGGAUCAGCAAUGGAAUGGAUACCGUAGCACCAGCAGCGACAGCAGCCACACCGAAGACAACCAACUGGGUAAAGUUCGAGGAGGACGGUGGACCGGAACCGAGCAAGUCCCCAUCACCAUCACUGCCACCUCCACCGUUGGCCGCCUCCGGUAAGCAUCCGUUGGCGGCGGGUAGCAACCGGCAGUCGGUGGCAACAUCACCGGAUACGGCACCAGCGGCCGUACUACCAACCGAAACGGUGCAUGUACAUCUGGACACACGAACACCUAGCACACCAAAGCAAACCCAACCACCACCAUCACAUGGACCCGGCAAACCGACGCCCAGCACCGGUUCCGGCACGGUACCGAGUGGAGUCAACAAAACAUCACAACCGGCCGUCAUAGACAUCCCGAAGCAAUCGGUAAACGUGGUGCAACCGAUCCAGUCGAUGCGUACGAUCGAACUUUCGACCGGCCGUGUACGGGAAGGUUUCGCAAACGGAGAUGUAAUCGUUACCUUACUACCUACCAACACUCGGUGGCCGUGGAUCACACCGGCCGUAUUUCGUCCUGAGCUCGUCCCGGAAGAGCUGAUGGCGCAAGGUUUGACGCUCACGGUGGAGGAGUACGUGCACGCAAUGGAAACGCUGGUGAACGACUACCGGUUCACGCUGUACAACAUCUGCUACAAACGCGUGCUGGUCGUCUGGAUUCUGUUCGCUUUCAUCGUCCUGAUUGGGUUGCUGUUUUCCGGCUUCUACGGCAUUACGCUGCUCUCGCUCGGCGUUGCCUGGCUGUUCCUGAAUGCGGCCGCCAUUUUCCUGUGCAUGUGGGUCAAAUUGAAGCUGGCGCGGGGCCUCGAACGGUGUAUGGCGCGCGUGAAUAAGCAGCUAAUACGACACAAAAUUUUGCUCGCACUGGACGACCGUGGCCACAUCUCCUGCCACAAGGUGAACCUCUGCUUUCUGUACUUCGAGCCGUCGCAGUGCAUCAGCUAUCUGAACGAGUUCAUUGAGCGGAGCGAACAGAACGGUAACACGAUCGAACCCGGCUGGGAAAGCCGGCUGGACGUCACGACGAAUGAUAUCGUUAUACAGGGCGCGAACACAACGCGACUGUCCCGGAAGCAGGGACGUGCGGAAGGCAUCUUUCUGCGAUAUCUACAGCGCUGGGGUAAGGAUUAUCUGCGCCGGCGGCUAGACUGGACGAUCGAGGAGAAUACGCUCGUGUCCGCACCGCGCCAUCUGCCGACGGCCUACUGUCCCUGCCAGUACGCGGAGGAGGUGAUGCUGCAGAAGAAACCGAAGGAAGAUCCACGGCUGUGCUGUGCCACGAUUCGGGUCCAUCUUGCCCGCAUCGGAUUCCAUUUCUGACUGUGCCGACGAAAUUCACAACCCAUCGCAUCAUGCCAGCCAAUUUGUGCCUAAGAAUGUGCUCGAAAGUUUUCCGAUUUUCAAAGUUUUAGGAACGGGAGGGAACCAGCAGAGAGAAUAGAGCUAGUGUUAGAGAAGCCAACAGAUCAUUAUUGCGGUUUCGUCCUUCUUUUCCGGGUCCGGGAUGCAGUAAUUAAGCUUUUUGCAAACUAGUACAAACCUGCAAUCUCUCAACCAGAAACGACUGUUAGACCUCAGAGUGCCUUUAGCUUUGUUUCUUGAGGGGGAGCCAUAAUAGGUGGAAUGCUGGUAGUACUGGUAGUCGAUGGAGAGGGAGCCUUUUCUAAACAUUUUCUUCAAACUUGGAGUCGGUGUCGGAGAACAAUCACGUUGACGCUCCACACGCUGUAUAGUGCCUCGAUUGGGCAUACGUUUUAAACUGGUGGCGGGAUGCAUUAGAAUAAGUGUGGAAGCGUUUUAGUUAUUAUUAGAAUUUUAGUGUACACUGAUGCUUGCCGGAGGUUCCGUAGCGCGCGUUCACACGUCGGUAUCGCACUCAGCUGGAUUGGAGUUCUUCUGUUAGUUGUCGUUCCUCGGUAUAAACUGCUCCCAAACGAAAGUGUAUUACUAACUAAUCACACCAUUCGGAACACUAUUUCCCUGUGCCCUGUUUCUACCACUGUCACCUCCGCUAACUGCCCACACUGUUCGGCUGCUGUCUGCCGUUGUUUUGGCCCGCCUGUCUUCAUCGUGUAUCUCCCAACCAAACUCCCAUUGCAGGAACGAGGAAUGCUGCUGCUACUGCGUUACGCGUCCCGGUGGGGUAACGAGGCAAUGCGUGGCCUUAUCGAUGUCACGCCAAACGAUCCGGCCCGGCACUGCCGGCAGUACCAGUGCCCCUGCCAGUACGUUGAGUACCAC